AUGAAAGGCAAUCAAAGUAAAGCAUCGGUACCACCUUCCUCGAGUCCUCACACCACGUCACCCGUCUUCGCAGCUACCGCACCUGUCCGCAGGACCCACGAGGACUUUGAGAAGGCCCUCCUUCAUCCAGACGACGUCCUCUACUUGAGCAGUACCAGCUCGCUUCACAGCGAGAUCGAGGAAGACGACGACGGCGACGGCGACGGCGACGACGAGCUUGACGACGACGACCUCCGUCAGCGCACUACAGACGUGGUCGACAAACCUCUUGGUCCCCUCGACGACGAUUCUCCGAACACGCUCCGCCAAGCUGGCGAUAUCGAGCACGAGCUCGAUCCGCUCGAGCAUAUCCCCACUGCCGCCGACCUCCCAUCCCCCAACCUUACACCUCCCGUGGAAUCAGGUCGCACCGACUUGCAGCCACGCUCGCCCACACCCACGCCUGUCCUGAGCCGCGCUCACUCGGUUUCGGACGCGGUUAGUCGCCCGUCAAAGCGGCAGUCGCUCGAGACGGACACUGCUCCCAGCGCAUUCAAGGGCAUAAACAAAGGUCUGUACAGGAGCAUGUCUGGAUCUGCUGGACAUCCAGCUGCGUACGCUCGUCGCGAAUCUCUUUCGUCGACAAUCUCUGGAGGCAGCUCUGCUAGUGCGCAGGCUCGGGCAGCGAGGAUGGCGGCACGCAAGAACUCGACGCAGCAAUUAAGCCUCGGUCUCGAUGCGGAGAUCAAGGCCGAAGAGGCCGCGGCGAUGCCAAAGCGCCGUUCCAUCUUUCGUACAUCUGGAACGGCCUCGACUCCUGAUCUCUCUACGUUACUUCGUGGUAAGCGAUCACACGCGAAGCAACAGCAGAACAUUACCCGGCAAACGUCUGGGUCAUCUACCAAGUACUCGUCCACGCCCACCACGUCUACUUCGUCUUCUGCCAUUGCAUCACAUCUCGGCUCUGCGCUUACGGGGUCCACCAGCUCUCUCGGCCAGACAAACAGCCGCCGCCAAGUCAAUCAGUCGCUUCAGCAACCCCAACGCGGUAGUACUCAAGAGUGGGACCGUCAGUCAACGCACUCGACCAUGACCGCCCACCAUUACGGGGACCGAGAACGGGGGAUGCCGUCAAUCUCUGAGGGACAACCUGGCGUCGAACCUCUCGGUCGCCACGCGUCCGUUGACGAAGGCUCCAAGAUCAAACGUUCCAAGGGCAAGGGGAUGUUCGGCCGCAUGUUCGGAUCCUCGUCGUCAGGCAAGGAGCAUCAUGGCCCUCUGACGUCUGGCUCGCAACUGAGUUUGUCUGGACGGUCCCAAGUGGACGUUGCCUCCCCUCAAUCCUCUAGCUCGCCGCAACUCGCAUCGUCACCGCGAUUCCCAGGGAACGCACAGUACAACUUGGAGCCUCCCCCAUCGAAUGGCAAUGUCGAUCGACCACCCAUCCCACCCAGACCCGCGGUGCCAAUAGUGCCGAAGGCGGCUCUGCCUGAUGGCGACGUGCACCCAAGCGAGGCGGCCAACUUGGCUGCGCGCGCAUCCGCUGACACGAGCCGGCCCGUUCUCGUUACGCGGGUCUCACAACAAUCGGCGGUUCCGGAACAGCGCGAGGCGGAGGCGGCUGCACCAACCGUUCCCGCCAAGGUCGAGCUCGUUGCGCCGUCGCCCACGCGGACCGCGUCCAUCGCAUCUACAGUAUCUGUCCAUGAGCAGCCGCUCGCGCAGGUGCAAGUCCUGCGCCCUCCCGAGAACCCGGUCUACGAACCAGCCCCUGUCCCCAGCCGUGCCAGCUCGCGCAAGGUCACUGCCGAUGGCAACUCGCCUCGUGCGCCUGGGCGGGCGGCGUCAUCCUUCUCGGACGACGUCACGGGGCUUCUCGACCGGAUAGGCCAUACCGAGGCAGCCGCGCUGGGCAUGGCAAUAACUCACGAGCCAGAGUCCAGCGAGCACCUCCAGGUCAGUCCUGAUCGCUCAGCCAGUGUCGGUACGGCGGCGGGUGCACGGUAUCGCGCCUACGCGGUCGAGCGGUCUCCGUCGUUGGGCCACGUUCAGCGAUCUCCUGCUGGCAUUGACGACUCUCAAGUUCCAGAGCCCCUGCCCCUGCCGUCGAUGGAAAGAUCGGCAUCACCUAGCGCUCACACUGCCUCCCCAGCUGUUGUGGCUGAGACAAUCGAGCCGGAAGCCGCGCGGGACGACUCGUCAGAAACGGAUGCUCACACCGCUCCAGCACCAGCUCCUGGGCUGCGAGUGCCGUCUCCGCGUACUUCUGUUGCCGGACCGGAGGUUCCUCCAAAGAGGCCAGACCGUCAGUCUACCUGGGAGAAGCAGAAUGCGGCUAGUGCGUCGAACACUCGUCUUGACACCGACUCUCUUGCCGUUGAGGUCGCGUCUUCGGCAGGUCAGUCGUCCACCAACCUGAACGACAUCGCCGACAUUGCGGACGAGGACAAAGGGCGCCAACUGGCGAUGGAGUUCCUGGCCGGCGACGCCCUCCAUGUUCCUCCAGACAAGGUUGCCAUGUUCCUUGGUGGACCUCGCGUGGUGAACAAGACCGCGCUGCGCUAUUACAUGCAGCACUUUGACAUGCGCGGCCUCAAGCUCGACCUGGCUUUCCGCGACCUCUGCGCCAAGCUCCACCUCAAGGCCGAGUCUCAGGAGAUUGACCGCAUCAUCGAGGGCUUCUCGGCGCGCUUCUACGACUGUAAUCCCAACACGGUGUACGGCACGCCUGGCGUCGUGCAUACAGUUACUGGUGCCAUGCUCAUGCUUAACACGGAUCUGCACAUUGCGGACAUCCAGAAGCACAUGUCGCGCGCCGACUUCGUGCGAAACUCGAUGCGCGCAAUCCAGGAGAGCAUGCCGGAUCGCGAGUCGACUCCGGACCUGGUCAACGACAGCGGCAGCUUGCGCAACAUCGACUCAUUGUCAGCGAGCCACUCGGCCACGAGCGUGAGACUGCGCAACGCGGCCGGCACGCCCCGCAAUACUUCAGGCAACCUCAUAUCGCCUGCUUCUGAGCUCACUUCGACGUCGACGCAGGACUUGAGAUCUCGGGGCGCGUCCUCAACCACGGUCAACUCGUUCACGUACACCAAGGCCUGGGAGAUCGAGGCUGAAAAUGCACUGAAGGAGAUCUACUCUAACGUCCGCAACGAGCGUAUCCUGCUACCAAUAGCGGCUAUCGGCGACCCCAACAACAACUCUGCCUCAACUCUGGGAGGACUGCGCGUCGGGCCGCGUGGUGGUAUCAACGCUCUCAUGCGCCCUAACUCGAAGAACACUCCAUACAACGCCAUGUUCAGCUCGCAGGGUGACGGUAGCCUGAGCCCCACGCCGUCAUAUGCCAAUUCGAUUGGUGACCUGGCCCUCCAAGCCUCCAACCCAAUCGGCUUCGCUGGCAACCUGUCGCACACAGUUAUCCGCGAGCAGGAGGACGAGGUACACAGCAUUCGCUCGGGUGAGACGACCUCUACGGUAGAGGAGCUCAACGACGACGAGCUUGCUCUCCUCGGCGCGCCCUGGGCUAAAGAGGGAUUGCUGCAGCGCAAGAUCCAGGUCGAAGCACAUGGCCGCAAGCCACAGAAGAAGGACUGGAAGCAAUACUUUGUUGUCAUCCAGAAGGGCGACCUGUCGAUGUUCGUCUUCGGCUCUGGCGGCAGCAGCAGCAUGGGCGGUGGCACGGUCGGCGGCGGCAACUGGAUGUCGAGCGCGAACCGCCAUGGCGAGUACAGCCUCAUGCACGCCAUGGCCAUGGCGCUCCCCAAGCCGGGCUACAGUACAUCGCGGCCGCACUGCUUCACCGUCACGUUCCCGAACGGCGAGAUAAGCGUGUUCCAGGCGGGUACCGAGGAACUGGUGCUCGAGUGGGUUGCGACAUGCAACUACUGGGCAGCGCGGAAGAGUCGCCAGCCCCUCGUGGGUGGUGUGUCCAACAUGGAGUACGGCUGGACGCGGGCGCUCAACCAGCUUGACGAUAACGGGCAGCCCCACGAGUCGCAGCCCCGUGAACAUCGCGAGCCCCAUAAGAUGGGCCUUGGGGCGCGUGCUCGUCUCGGUGCCAUCAGCCGUGUACGCGGCGCGUCGUCGUCUGGCAAUGACCGUGUACAGCUGGAGAAGAUCCACAUCAAUGAGUGGAAGCCUCCACCACACGCAACGAUGCCGUCGACGCUUGACGAGGAGGCGCAGCUCGAGUCGUUGUGCGCGUACGUCCAGGGCUUAAAGGAGGAACUCGACCAACACAAGACGAUCGAGGAGCCGAUGAGCCGGCUGUAUACACCUGGGUCCAAGAACGCGGUGCGUGCGCGCGAGAACUGGACUGCCAAGUCGCGCUACACCCACUCGGAGAUAUUCAAAUACGAGACGUACGUCGAGGCGCUGCGCAACGCGAUAAACCACCGUGUGCAGCGCCAGGGUGAGCGCAAGGUCGAGCGGUCCCUUAUCCGCUCGGCGCCGAGCAUUCGCCGCGAGGUGCCAUCCCGCAAGCUCACCGCGGGCGGAGGCGCAAGCCAGAUAGGCAUGGUGCCGGCGGCGCAAUUGGAGCACGAACCCGAAGGCGAUGCGUACGUUCGCAGGUCGGCUGAUCAGGGCCGGCAGAUACCCACGACGCAGGCGCAGGCGAUGUAA